CCUGGCUUGGCACCAGCGCUGUCGUAUACCGCAGGGUCCCCUCCUGCUUCUCUUUCACCUGCUAUUCACGAUGAAGUCACUCCGCCGGGAUUGGGCGCCUUUACACACGCCUUUCAUGGCCCAAGCAAGUUUGCCGUCCGCUUUGCACUCUUCCUCCCCGCCUCCCGCACCAAAGACGGAGUAUGGCCACCCCCACGUACCAGGCAGAUCAAUGAAGGGAGGAGAGACCGGGAGGGGAGGGUAGGCUGUGCAAUUGAACUAUGCGUGUCUGUGUGUAUUUUUCUCCUACCGCCUCUGACAGCACGGUUUGAACCAGCAAGUACACACACAGCACUUCACGAUCACAAAGAUCAGCGAGCAGGAAACGGAACGCUUCACUACCUACUGAUCACCACCAUUCAUUUUAUCAGUGACCAUCUUAAACCUCCUGUCGGCACACUGAAGCAUCUUAAAAGAGGGUGCGAUCUUUGAAACCUGCGGUGCAAAAACGCAUCUUGGAAUCUUGGAAACUCUUUUUUUCUUCCUUCCUUCCUCCCUCCUCCCCCUCUCUCCAUUUCUCAUUUUCGUCUCCCCUUCGCCGCUUUCUGGAAUGAGCUGCCUCUCCAUCAGCGUGGUUUCCAUACCAGCAUGGGAACCGCUGUGUCCAAAAGGAAGAAUCUGAGAAGCGAUGCGAUAUCCUCGGUGGCGGCCAAAGUUAGAGCAGCACGAGCCUUUGGAGAAUACCUGUCUCAGACUCACCCUGAAACCAGCAGCGGAUCAGAUCACCUGCUGUCUGACGCCUUCACUGGACAGGACUCUGACUCGACGGACACCAGCUGUCCCCACAACAACAACAACAGCCUCCAGCCACGCCUGGGCCCCCCAUCUGCUACGCCUGGCCUGAGCAAGUCCCAGCCCAGCUUGCCCCUGCCGGUGCCUCCCUCCAAACGCCGCCUCUCACUGGAGCCUGGCUUCUCGGCCAAGGAGGAGCAGCAGAAGUGUGCAGAGUGCGCCCAGCAGCCGGCCUGUGUCUACACCAUAACAGGGGAGGGGGGCAUGUUGGGGCCCCGGGGCAGCAAAGAGAGCCUGGAGUUGGAGGUACUCAAAGGGGCCCGGCAGCAACCUCAGCUGGGGCCGGCCUCUGCCUUACAGGAAUCACCGCCCUCUCAUCAUCACCGGCACCAUGGCAACCAGCAAGGGAGUACCACUGGCCACCACCAGGGCGGCGGUGGUGGGCACCACCACCACCACCACCAUGGGCACCAGCCGGGCCAGCCCCUGCAGAGCUCUGUCAGCGCCCACAAUAUCCGUAGCUGGGGUGAGGGGAAAGGUGGCCCCCCGGAGGACUGCACUCUGGGCUGCGAGGCCUGCAGUGGGGCCUCCUCUCAAAGUCAGCGCUCCCUGGACCUGGAGGGCUCUUCCCGGGAAGCAGCAGAGGACGGCGUCAGCAACUGGUUCCCGAAGGAGAACAUGUUCAGCUUCCAGACGGCCACCACCACCAUGCAGGCGAUAUCAAACUUCCGGAAGCACCUCCGGAUGGUGGGCAGCAGGAGGAUGAAGGCGCAGACAUUCGCUGAUCGCAGACCGAAGAGUUUCAGCCGCUCCUGGAGUGACCCCACCCCGGUCAAGCCUGACCCUCCACACGACUCCAAAGACAGUGGAGAACUGCAGGCCCCCGGCGGGACACUGGAAGAAGGGGUUUGCAAUGACCUGGAUUGGGACGAAGAGCGUGAAUUGGAGCGAGUGGCCUGUGAGGGUGAUGACUUCAUUCCUCCUAAAAUCAUGCUGAUCUCCUCCAAGGUGCCCAAGGCUGAGUAUGUGCCCACCAUCAUCCGCCGGGACGAUCCCUCCAUCAUCCCCAUCCUAUAUGAUCAUGAACACGCCACGUUUGACGACAUCCUGGAGGAGAUUGAUAAGAAGCUCACGGCCUACCGGAGGGGCUGCAAGAUCUGGAGAAUGCUUCUCUUCUGUCAGGGAGGCCCUGGACACCUGUAUCUGCUGAAGAACAAGGUGGCUACCUUCGCCAAGGUGGAGAAAGAGGAGGACAUGAGCCAGUUCUGGAAGAGACUCAGCCGGUUCAUGAGCAAGCUGAACCCCGAGCCCAACCUCAUCCACAUCAUGGGGUGCUACGUCCUGGGGAACCCCAACGGAGAGAAGCUCUUCCAGAAGCUCAAGAACCUGAUGAGGCCGUACUCCGUGGACUUCGAGUCUCCCCUGGAGCUGUCGGCUCAGGGCAAAGAGAUGAUCGAGAUGUACUUCGACUUCCGUCUCUUCCGCCUGUGGAAAACUCGCCAGCACUCCAAGCUCCUCGAUUACGACGACCUUUUGUGACCCCGCCCCCAACUACCCACCCUCCCUCACCCGCUUCCGCCCCUCCCUUCCCCACCUGCCCCUGGACUCAUCACCGCCCUCUUAGACAAAAACAACUUAAGACUAUUUCAGCCUGGUUUGUGGAUGAUCUGAUGGGUGGUCUUUGAAGAGGCGGGUGAGAGACUGAAGAAGAAGUGGACAGAGGUGGUGGGGGGGAACAGGGGCUGAGUGGGUGUGGACCGGGAACAUUUUGACCCUAUAACUCUCCACCCCCCAACCCCGGCUAUGGAAUAGUAGGUAAGCAAUUUCAAGCCCUCAAUGCCAGCUCCUAUACCCCCGCAACACAGGUGGGGGGGGGUUCAUGCUGGAGGCAGAAAGAACUGUAGAAGCGGCUGAAGGGACUGGGAUUGGGGAGGAGAUACUUUAUCGUUUGUUCGCUUCUGCCAGGGGUUUAAAGGCCAUUUAAAAUUCAGGUGUCAAAACAAGUACAUUAAUAUGGACUUUGCUUCUUUCUUUGUAUGUUACAAACAAAGGAGAUGUCAACAGAAACACAUGUAUGUAUAAAUGUAAAAAUACAUAACAUGAGCAUAUAGCAUAUCUAUAGAAAUACUGUGUACAUGACACAUUUAUUUUUAUCUUUAUGUCAUGGUGGGUCUUAAUAUUUUUUUACAACUCAGGUUUUAGUCAUUAACCUCUCUUUCCCUGUUUGGUCUCCUACCCAGGAAAAUCUCACCCUUGCUAUUAAGUAGUAUGAAUGUCAAAAAUAAAAACUAUUUCCCAGUAUGAAGACCGGCCGGAAGCUGGCGAGGGGGGGUGUUUGUGGAGUGGGUCACCACAAGCGUGACUGUGUCCGUGUGUUACCGCUUCUUUAUGCUACGUAAUGUGAUAUCACGCUUAGCCUAGCCUAGCUGCUGGAGCAAGUUUUCAUUACUUCAACAUCCCUCGAGACCCAUUGGCCCGUUGUGCAGUGGUGUAUUAUGGGAUGCUUUUUGCUGGCCUUUGAUUUCCACCCUCUUCUCAUUGACUUUCAUGCAGCGUCAUCUAUUCUUGGCUGGGUACUGAAUUUGUGCUCCCGCACCCCCAAUAGACUGCAUCCACCCCCCCCCCACCCCACCCACCGCGAUGGGUCCUGCCUACCCCCAUCCUUGACUGCGCUGCCUUUCAUAGCAGCUUCCCAGAUUUCCCAUGUGAUUUUCUACAUGGUGCAUCAUGCUGCCUUUUUAGUACGGUCAACGUAAUGCUACUGUCAUCAACGUCCAUGUGUCUGAAGUCCACAGAACAAUCUGUAAACUAAUUGCAGCCAUUAGUACAAUUAAUGUGGCCCAGAGCCCUCCACAGCGUCAUUGAAAGGGGGCGUAAAUGGGCCGCACAUCUUUCUGACGCACAGAGAGGAACUACGCAGAUCAUGCUUGUGCCUUAACUCCCCAGCGGGUACCAUUCUCUUGGCAGUUGUGUGGUUAACUGGAACAUGCUGGACUCUCUCUCUCUCUCUCUCUCUCACACACACACACACACACACACUCACAUAUUUAUGGAUGCACAUCUCUCAGUCCGACUAGCAAUAUGACUGCCCCAGCCGCAGCAAAUGAAAUAAAUAAAUAAAAAUCCUUCUCCAUCGUUUUUGUAAGUAGGUGCAUAUAGGGCUAUUAUUGUAGGUAAAUUAUUUGCACAUGUGUAUGGAGAGUUGUGUGACUGUAUCUCAGUCUGGAUGUGCGUAAUCAGAUUUGUAAAUGUGUAAAAGAAUUUGUAAAUGCGUACUGAGAUUACAGGAAUCUGUAAAUCUGCAUUCAUAAUUCAUGUGUGUAAUGAUUCGAAAUCCUGUAAAAGAAUCUCUAAUUGCAUAAUGAGAUUUGCAAGUGUACAGAGAUUUGCACGUCUGUAGACAAAUCUGUAAAUCCGUACAAAGCUAUUAAUGGCUAAGAAGUCUAAAUAUUUUGCUCCAAGAGCUGGAAAUACAGACAAGUCAUAAGUUACAACUCAGGCGGACCUCUCAAUUGGCUCUUUUUACAUGUGAUGACGUUCCACACUUAAGCACUCAAAAGCUUGCCAUUGGGACAGCGCUAAGCCCUGAACCCUCAAAACCUCCACACACAGACAAAUCUCCACACGCAUUUGCAGACCUGCCAUGGCAGAAAUGUAGCAAAAAUCACGCAACUCUCAAUACACAUUUGUAAAUAAUUUUGCUACCCCAGAGGUGCAGUGGGAUUUUUCGUCCAGGACGUGAAUCGGAGCUUUGUGGAAUCUAACGCUGCGUGGAUUUUUAAAUGAAAUUACAGAGCUUUGUCAAGGGGUAGGGCUCUGAUUUUCUUGGUUUUACCAUUAUCUAUAAGAGCACAGACCGUGACGGAAAAAAACAGAGGUGACUAAGUCUGAUGCAUGUGCUACCUUUUUCCACGGGCUGUGUCUGAGACUGUUUGGAUACCUAAAAAGGUGAAAGCCAUCCACUGCUGCAUGUUCAGCAGGAGUCCUCACUGACUGCCGAUUGGCUCUCUGGGUUUGUUGUCAGGGAGUUGUUUUCGAUAUGUUUACAUGUCAGUUGUCGGGUGCAGGCGGCUACAAGUUAAAUGUGUUAUGACCUGGUGUGUUUGCUAGGGAUAUGGUGUCAGCGUGCAUCUUGUUUUUUAACUGCUCCAGCCAUUACUGUUCCUGCUUUUGGCUUUACAAUCCCAGGACAGGCAGUUCUGGGCACCAUGUUAGCCCAAACCUCAGAUUAUCCUCCACCUGCUAUCCCACACGCCUGCUUAGCCCAACUGUUUCUGGUGACCCUCCCCACUUUAUUCACAGAGCUCAGCUUUUGGAGCAGAGGGGAAGGAACAUCUACUGUUCCAGUGUAUGUGGCCCUAGGGCGCCGCCCAAGUGGUGACCUGUUACGGUGCUUUUGCCCCCAAGGUUAGAUAAGGGAAUCUCUGUGACAGAGAGGCAUGCCACAGUAACUGUGGCAAUGUCCUGCUUUGGUGCUGAUCUAAAUUCCAUGUUGGCAGAAUGCUUUUCUCCAUUUUUUGUUCAGAGCCAUCCUUAGGUAACAAUAUGUAUUAUGACAUCAUCCAUGUUGUUGCUAGGUAUGGUCCUGUGGCCUCUUUUUGUGGUCUUGACCCAUUUCCUGAAACGGUACCCUUUCAACUUGAUGCAGAGUCAGGAAGCAGGACAGCAGCCAAGCCACUACUCCAGAGGUCAGACUGGACCCAAACCAUUAUAACCCACAUCUCUACCAAACAUUUCAAAUCAAUCUCUUUGACAUUUUUUACCGAUCUCAUGAUGACCUCAAAUUAUGGUCAUUGUUUUUUUUUGACUGUAACAUACUCUACAGGUUAUAUCAGCAGCAAAGACAUUGUUAAGCCUCUACAAAACAAUAUAAAGUCACCGGGGAUUUUCUACAUUAACACGCUGCUGCUACUGGGUGGGACCUUAAAGAGUCGCCGCAUAAGAAUCUGUUGCAAGCACUAAGUCUUGAGUAUUGACUGAGCCGGAGGUAUGAGUGUAAAUUCCCAAAGACUGCUUAGUUGGCACCUCCUCGAGGACUAUAGGGACACAAAUAGAACACGGAGGUUUCGAUUAAGCCUCAGUCGUAUAGUGGAUACACAGUUUCAUUCAAGUCAACACAACUGCACAGGUUAUUAAGGAAUGUCUGCAAAAUGGCCAAAUUGUCUUCUGUCUCUUUCAUAAUACGACUUACGCUGCCACUUCAUCCUUCCAGUGCGCUCACCUGUCUCUGCUUAUGAUUACUAAGGCCACUGAUCCUGUGACCCCAUCAGGAGGUACAGUAAUAAAAUAGAAAAAAUGAUAUUUCUUGUUUUUUCUGGAGGUGGAAUUUCGUUAGUGUAGCAUUAAUAAUGAACUGGACAGCAGGAAGCUGACUGGUUCAGAUCUCAGGUGGGCAACAGUUCUAACUGUGAACAAGGACUCUUAUUGCAUAUUAAUGCAUAAAAUUGCAUGAGGUGUUCUUUAAGAAACCCUGCACCAUGUUAGCCCAAACCUCAGAUUGUUGGAUAAUUGAAGGACAGGUGUAACAGAAAUGAGAUGCUGGUGACUGUGGCUGGAGGGAUACAGAAAGUUAAUCCGCUUAUUAAGUCUGACAUAAUGCAUGACAUAAAAACUGUUUCCGGGGCCAAAAAACCAUAAUGGUUGAACUGGUAACAUUAUUCACCAUAACUUCUUGUAAAAAUGCAUUGUGUAAUAUCACCACAAUAUGUAACAAAAACGACAAAGUAUCAAUGCUGACAUCCAUUUUCGCUGUUUAUUACAUGAUGCAUAGCAUUACAUUUUCAUCAUUAAAAAGUACAACUCCAGCAUUUUGUAAUAACCACCACAAUAUGUAAUAAUUUAUUACAAAAUGCAGGGAAAUUUAUUCCAUAUUGCAUUCAAGCAAUUACAAAAUUUGAUUAUUACAAAAUGCGGUGGUUAUUAUAAAAUGCGGGUGCUAUUACAUAAUGAAGUGAAAA